GACCUUCAGGGAUGUGACCGUGGACUUCAGCCAGGAGGAGUGGCAGCAGCUGGAGCCUGCUCAGAAGGACCUGUACGAGGACGUGAUGCUGGAGAACUACAGGAACCUGGUCUCCCUGGAUUGGGAAACUAGACCCGAAAUGAAAGAUUCAGAUCCAAAGGAGGGCAGUUUGGAAGACCAACCAUUCUGUGAGGUGGUCGCAGAGGGACCAACACGGAAGGGUGGCUGGUGUUCUUCCUUCAAAGGAGCAUGGAAACAGGGUAACUGGCUGGAGAAGCAGGAGGGAUGUGUAGAGACCCAUCUGGAGACAUUGGAAAUGUCCCAUGAGAACAAGCUUACUGGGGAGUUAGGCCCUGAAUAUAACGAAUUUAAGGCUGUUUGUAAACAAAGCUCCACCCUGGUCCCACCAAAGUUGGAAGACUCCAUGGAAAAGGGGGCCCAUGCACUUGUAACACACAGAAAGCAUUUCUUAAGUAACUCAGACUUAAAUAAAGCUUCCAAAGUCUACAUAGAGAAGAAGCCCUAUGACUGUAGUCAGUGUGGCAAGGCUUUCAGCCGCAGCUCAUCCCUGAUAAAACACCAGCGGGUUCAUACAGGAGAGAAACCCUUCCAGUGUAACAUCUGUGGGAAGCACUUUAUAGAACGUUCCUCCCUCACCAUUCACCAGAGAGUUCACACUGGAGAGAAACCCUACAAAUGUCAUGACUGUGGGAAAGCCUUUAGUCAGCGCAUGAACCUCAUCGUGCACCAGAGGACUCACACCGGAGAGAAGCCGUAUGUGUGCAGUGUGUGUGGGAAAGCCUUCCGGAAGACCUCAUCCCUUACUCAGCAUGAGAGAAUCCACACAGGAGAGAAACCAUACACAUGUGGUGACUGUGGGAAAACCUUCAGCCAGAACAUGCACCUCAUUGUACAUCAGAGGACGCAUACCGGGGAGAAACCCUAUGUGUGUAGUGAGUGCGGGCGAGCCUUCAGUCAGAACAUGCACUUGACCGAACAUCAGCGGACUCACACGGGCGAAAAGCCCUAUGAGUGUAAGGAAUGUGGGAAAGCUUUCAAUAAGAGCUCAUCCCUUACUCUUCAUCAGAGAAACCACACUGGAGAGAAGCCUUAUGUGUGCAAUGAGUGUGGGAAAACUUUCAGUCAGAGUUCAUACCUCAUUCAGCACCAAAGGUUUCAUAUUGGGGUGAAACCCUUUGAAUGUAACGAGUGUGGGAAGGCAUUCAGCAAGAACUCCUCUCUCACUCAACAUCAGAGGAUUCACACGGGGGAAAAGCCUUAUGAGUGCUACAUUUGCAAGAAGCACUUCACAGGACGCUCAUCCCUCAUCGUGCAUCAGAUUGUGCACACUGGAGAGAAGCCUUAUAAGUGCAACGAGUGUGGAAAAUCCUUUAGCCAAAGUGCGUACCUCAUUGAGCACCAGAGGAUCCACACGGGAGAAAAGCCCUACAAAUGCAAUGAGUGCGGGAGGUCUUUCAUCAAAAACUCUUCACUUACAGUCCACCAGAGAAUUCACACCGGGGAGAAGCCUUACAGGUGCAGCGAAUGUGGGAAAACUUUUAGCCGAAAUGCAAACCUUACUCGACACCUGAGGAUUCACACCUAGGAGAGGCAUGGGGAUGACUUCCAUGUGGAGUUUUGCUUUUUGGAACUUAAGAAAUUACACUGAUGAUUUUCGUUGCCAUCAAGCGAAUUCCCACCCAUGACAACCCGUUGUGUGUCAGAGUAGAACUGUGUGAUUUGACCAGAAAUAGAUCACCUGGCUUUUAUUCUGCGACACCACUGGGUGGGCUUGAACUAGCACUUUUCAGGUUAGCAGCUGAGUGCAAGGCCACUUGCAUCACUCAGGGACCUAGGGAUCUCUAAUUCAUAUCAUUAGUGUGAGGGUCCUUCUGUUGGAGCACAAGAGCCAGUCAGUAGUAGAACAGUCCAAGAAAACUCUAGCAUAUGUGGGGUGUCCAUGAGUCAGAACUGACUCAACAAGAAUGGAUUCAAUUUUGGAAGGUAGUAAUGGGAGUUCCACAAUCAAGACUUAAAAGCAUCUGAGUUCCAGGACCAGCUCUCUGAAUAAAUCAUUACACGGAAUUGAACCAUUCACUUCAUAGCUCUAAAUCUCACUUUCCUCAGUAGUAAAGAGGGACGGGGUGAACUCAGCAAGUGAAUACUGGGACAUUUCCCCCUUUGCCAUCUCCUCCGGAUUGCCCAUUUGUCAUCACCUGUGCAUUUCUUUGGGCUAGAAGGGCUUCAACCAUUCCCGCAUCCUACUCCCCGUACAUGCUCCUGCAACACUCUGAAGGCCACCAAGUAACAGAAGCUCGUCAAGUCUUCUCGGGUGGGGGGAAUAGCAGAGUUAGCUAAUAACAAUGUUUUAAAUGCUUG